CUGCCCUCAUCCCUCGUUACCCUCCCUCAUCUUGCAUCUGAGCAUUGACAGGUAUACUCGCUUGUCCUCUUCGGAUGACGGUAAUCUUCGACAAAUCAACUCGUGACGACUAUUUGGCAGACCUCGUAUUCUCUCUGCUGGGAAUUUGAAUUACCUCAUUCGAACACAAAUUACAUCACAAUCGCGAAUACCCGCCGCCUGCAAAUACGCCUAGUAGCUGAUCAAUACGAAAAUGAUCCAGUGGUCAGUUACAGCCAGUCGCUUGACACGACUGGUGUAUCUGAAAUCAACCCGCGCUUUUCACAUCUCACGACCAGUAUCAAUCGCUCCGACAAAAUAUGCUGAAGCCGUCGCACAGUCCGCUGUGGGAGGUUUUGACGGAGACGAACAUGUCUUGAAUUCUCCGUCCGAGCUUGCACGUCGUAUUUCGGCCAAGGUGCUUCCCAAAAUACCCCGACCCGAUGUGAAGAAGGUCGUCAUGCUGGGUAGUGGCGGCCUCAGCAUUGGCCAGGCUGGAGAGUUCGAUUAUUCUGGAUCACAAGCAAUGAAGGCUUUGAAAGAAGAAGGCAUUGAUGCCAUUCUAAUCAAUCCGAAUAUCGCAACUUGGCAGACCUCCCAUCAGCUCGCAUCAGAAGUAUAUUUUUUGCCCGUCACUGCCGACUAUGUCGCCUACGUUCUUGAGAAGGAACGGCCUGAUGGCAUCCUGUUGACGUUUGGUGGUCAAACUGCCCUGAACGUCGGGAUGCAGCUGGAUCGCAUGGGUGUCCUAGAGCGUUUGGGAGUGCAGGUUCUGGGCACACCGAUCCGGACCCUCGAGAUCAGUGAGGAUCGUGAACUGUUUGUGAAGGCUCUGAAUGAAAUCGAUAUUCCGGUUGCGGUGUCGACUGCCGUGUCGUCGGUCAACGACGCUCUGAAUGCCGCUGAAGAGAUCAAGUACCCGGUUAUCGUUCGUGCUGCAUUUACAUUGGGUGGUCUUGGAUCAGGCUUCGCUGAAAAUCCCGAUGAACUGCGAGAUCUGGCGGCCAAGGGCUUGUCGCUGAGCCCUCAGUUGCUGGUUGAGCGUAGUAUGAAAGGGUGGAAGGAACUGGAAUAUGAAGUAGUUCGGGAUGCUGCGGAUAACACUAUUAUUUGUUGCAACAUGGAAAACUUCGACCCACUUGGCACUCACACCGGCGAUUCUAUUGUCGUCGCACCUUCUCAAACGCUCCCCGAUGAUGAGUAUCAUAUGCUUCGAACCGCCGCGCUCAAAACGAUCCGUCAUCUCGGUGUCGUCGGCGAGUGUAAUAUCCAGUAUGGUCUACAUCCGACUUCCAAAGAAUAUCGCGUCAUAGAGGUCAAUGCCCGUCUCAGCCGAUCCAGUGCUCUAGCAUCCAAAGCCACUGGCUAUCCACUGGCCUACACUGCUGCCAAGCUUGCCCUUGGCUAUACUCUGCCGGAACUGCCGAAUGCGGUAACGAAGAACACCACUGCCUGCUUCGAACCGUCUCUGGAUUAUAUCGUCACCAAGAUUCCGAAAUGGGAUCUUGCAAAGUUUUCGGGUCAGGUCAGUCGUCAUGUCGGCUCUGCUAUGAAGUCAGUCGGCGAAGUCAUGGCUAUCGGUCGUACUUUUGAGGAGUCCCUUCAGAAGGCCAUCCGUCAAGUGGAUCCGCGGUACACGGGUUUUGAAGCAUAUGUGCAACCAGAAGAUCUCGACCAUGCGCUGCGUGCGCCUACAGAUACACGGCUCUUUGCGGUGGCCCACGCGAUGUACAACAAAAACUACACCGUUGAUCAAAUUCAUGAUUUGACCAAGAUCGAUAAGUGGUUCUUGUACAAGAUCGACAAUAUCGUGCAGACUAGUCGUCAAAUGACUGAAGCUGGAACCCUGCAAGCAUUAAACAAAGACUUUAUGCUCAUAGCUAAACGCAUGGGUUUCUCCGACCACCAGAUCGCCGAUCGUGUUGGCUGUACGGAGACCGAGGUACGCGCUCAUAGGAAGGUGCUAGGUGUCACUCCUUUCGUUAAGCGCAUCGACACUCUCGCCGCAGAAUACCCUGCACACACCAACUAUUUGUACACGACCUACAACGCGCAAGAGCACGACGUCUCCUUUGAUGAGCACGGUACGAUGGUUCUUGGCAGCGGUGUUUACCGCAUUGGAAGCAGUGUCGAAUUUGAUUGGUGCUCUGUCACUUGUGCUCGCAAGUUGAGAGACAUGGGGAAGCGUACCAUCAUGAUCAACUAUAACCCAGAGACUGUCUCAACCGAUUAUGAUGAGGCCGAUCGCAUGUAUUUCGAAGAACUCGGCUGGGAACGCGUCAUGGAUAUCUACGAGCUAGAGCAAGCGGAAGGUGUCAUUGUCAGUGUUGGUGGCCAACUUCCCCAGAACAUUGCUCUUCGCCUCAAACAUAGCGGGGUCACUGUUCUUGGUACAGACCCGGAGCGAAUUGAUUCAGCAGAGGAUCGUCACAAAUUUUCGGGUAUCCUGGAUAAAGCCGGCGUUGAUCAGCCUGCUUGGACAGAGGCGAGCAGCAUCGAAGAUGCAAAACGAUUCGCCGCCCAAGUCGGAUAUCCAGUUUUAAUCCGACCGUCAUAUGUUCUUUCCGGUGCAGCUAUGAACGUUGUAUACGAGGAGUCAACUCUGGACCAUAAUUUGUCUGCGGCUGCCUCAGUCUCACCGCUACAUCCAGUCGUCAUUACCAAAUUCAUCGAAGGUGCCCAGGAGGUUGACAUCGAUGGGGUCGCAUAUCAGGGAAAGCUGAUUCUCCAUGCGAUCUCUGAGCACGUUGAGAAUGCUGGCGUCCAUUCUGGUGAUGCUACGUUGGUUUUACCCCCGUUCUCGCUUGAUGACGGGGAGAUGGUGCGACUGAAGGAGAUCGCUGAGAAAGUUGCGAAGGCGCUGGAUAUUUCGGGUCCGUUCAACAUGCAGAUCAUCCGACAGCCAGCGGAAAAUGGUCAAGACGCUGCUUUGAAGGUGAUUGAGUGCAACCUUCGCGCUUCCCGCUCGUUCCCCUUUGUUUCCAAGGUUCUCGGUACCAACUUCAUUGAAGCUGCUACCGCCGCUAUUGUUGGCCAAAAUGUUCCUGCACCGAUUGAUUUGAUGGCAAAGAAUCGGGACUAUCAGGCUAUCAAAGUUUCGCAGUUCUCUUGGACACGGUUGCCUGGUGCCGAUCCCUUCCUUGGUGUUGAAAUGGCCAGCACUGGAGAAAUCGCUAGCUUUGGUCGCAAUAUGCAAGAAGCGUACUGGGCAGCCUUGCUUAGCACCAAUGGUUUCAAGGUUCCCCAAGCGGGACGUGGCGUUCUUAUCGGCGGUGACACCAGCAAGCCUGAAAUGGCAGCUGUUGCUCGCUCUCUCGUUGAUCUUGGAUUCAAGCUGUACUGCUCUUCAACUGAGGUCGCAGAGUUCCUCAACGAGCUUCCAUACGUGCACUGCAAGCGAAUUUUCUUCCCACUGAAAGACAAGAGGAAACUUCGGGAGGCCUUUGAUGAGUGGGAAAUCCAGUGUGUGAUCAAUCUCGCGAAGGCACGCGGCAAGGAUGCUCUAGAUGAGGACUAUGUUGCGCGGAGGAAUGCGGUUGACUUCGGUAUCCCACUGAUCAAUAACGCCAGGUCACAUACCGCCGGAGGUUCACUCUUGGUCUGA